AUGCCUUUCCUCUUCCACGUCGUGCACAACACACUUCAGUGGUGGAAGCAGAUGUGGAGGAAAGAGGCCGCAGAGAAGCAGCUGAAGGACCAGGUUCAUACUGCUAAAUCCUGUCCUGCCUCCACAGGGCUGUGUUCUCUUUCCCACUGCCUUCCUUAUCGGUACUUCUUCAGCGAGUUAGCCCUGUCCUGGUCGAGGGCUCAGCAAUACUGCAGAGAUCAGUACACUGACCUGGCCACCGUCUCCAAUGCGGACGACAUGAGCCGGCUGGUGAGCGCGGUUCAGGACGCCACGGGAGGCUUCACUGGGAAGGCCUGGAUCGGCCUGCACGAUAACCUCACCAGCUGGAGGUGGUCGUUUUCAGAGGUCAAGAGCACCUUCAGAAAUUGGGAUUUUGGUCAGCCCGACAACUUCCUCGGGGACCAGUUGUGUGUGAAGCUGUGGGGCGGAGGAGUGUGGGACGACUCGUCCUGUCUCCUGAGAUACCCCUUCAUCUGCGAAAACGGUCUCAGUUCAGAUUUUGUCCAUAGACUCGUUGAUGGACUUGUUAAUGGCUUGAUGUGCUAUCAGAUGGUAAACUCUGAACUCUCUUUCAUUUCUUCAUCAGCGACAAGCAGCACCGCGCAGAAUUUCAUUCUCGUUGAUCAGAUGUUGAGCUGGUCUGACGCUCAGGUGUACUGCAGGAGGACCUACACAGACCUGGCCAGUGUUAGAGAUGAGGGCGACAACCAGAAAAUACAGCAGUUGGCCGAAAACAGGAGCGUCUGGAUUGGCCUCUACAGGACUCGGGAAUGGUCAGAUCACAGUAACUCCACCUAUCGCAACUGGGAUUCAGGCCAGCCUGAUAAUUAUGGGGGACAGCAGGCCUGCACUGCCACAGAUCUGGGCAAGGCAGGCCUGUGGUCAGAUGAAGACUGCAGCUCGAGUCUUGCUAUCAUCUGCUAUGAAGACGGCGUGACACCAGAGGAAACAACCACAGAGGGAGACUCACUCGGUUCAGAGAUCACGUCUUUUGAGCAGCACUCAACCUCGGUGCCGGACCCAACAACGUCCAUCUCUGGCCAAACUCCCCACGAAUCGCCUCAUUCUACCUCCACCACAGUGACACCAAGCACAAGAACCCCCACUGAUACUGAAUCAACCGCUGGUCUUGUCACUACAGACAAGACCUCAUCCCAGCAGUCUUUAACCACUACUGGAGCCAUUGCUGGGUCCAUCCUUUUCAUUUUGAGGAUCACUCACCAGGCAGCUAACGUGGCCCUGGGUGGACUGGCUUCGCAGUCGUCAAUGCGGGACCCUUCAUAUCCACCCCACCUGGUGAUUGACAACGUGGAAGGGAGCUGCAUUGUCACUGUGAGGGAGGUCAACCCCUGGUGGAGACUGGACAUGCAGCAUCUGUACCACAUCUCAUCUGUUGAAAUCACCCAAAGAUCAGACUGCUGCAGGUCCGAGCUGGCUGGGGCUGAAAUCCGGAUCGGUAACUCGCUGGAGAACAACGGCAACAACAAUCCCAGGUGUGCAGUCGUCAUAGACAUCGAUGAAACUGUCAUGACCUUCAGCUGCAGCCAGAUGAGCGGACGUUAUGUCAACAUCUUCAUCCCCGGAGAGAGCAAGGAACUUCACCUUUGUGAGGUCAGAGUGUUUGCCACCAACCGUAUUCCAGGAGUUAACGUGGCUCUGGGUGGAGCUGCUGCUCAGUCCUCAAAGUUGGAACCAUCGAGCUCAUCAGACUCGGCGAUUGACGGCAAACCUUAUUCAAACUACAACCAUCACAGCUGCAUCGCCAGUCUGGGGGAGGUCAACCCCUGGUGGAGGGUGGACCUGCGGCGUCCGUACAACGUGUCUUUUAUCGAAGUCGUCCGAAGAUCAGACUGGGGGAGUACUCUGCUCAAUGGGGCUGAGAUCCGCAUCGGCAACUCGCUGGAGAACAACGGCAACAACAAUCCCAGAUGUGCAGUAAUCACUAUCACCAAUGACAUUACCAUGGCCUUCAACUGCAGCCAGAUGAGCGGACGUUAUGUCAACAUUUUCCUCCCUCAAGUGACCAGGGAACUUCACGUUUGUGAGGUCAAAGUGUACUCUGCCAUCCAUGUAACAGGAGAUAAUGUGGCACCGAGAGGAGUCGCCACGCAGUCUGCAGAACCCGCUUCUCAGGCAACCGCUCCACACAUGGGCAUUGAUGAAUACCCUCAGUCGGAAUAUCCACAAGAAACCUGUGCCUCAGUCCCGCAGCAAGACAACCCCUGGUGGCAACUGGACCUGAUGUAUAUCUACAGGAUAACCGCUGUGUCUGUCAUCGGUGUCGCAGAGGAGCUGAACGGUGCCGAGGUCUACGUUGGGCUCAGGAACGAUGCCAACAGCAAGAGGUGUGCCUUCAUCUCCGUUGCAGAGGGACACCUCACAUGCGACUACCAGUGUGGAAUAAUGGAAGGUCGUGUCGUCCAUGUUGUUCUCCCUGGACCACAGAGGAAAUUGACAGUUUGUGAUGUACAAGUGUACGGCACUGUGCUUGAAAACAUGGCUUUGAAAGGAGUGGCUUUUCAGUCUUCGAGUGCAGGGAAAACUGCGGGCCAAGGUAGUGCAGUUAUUGAUGGCGAUCGGUUUCAAAGCUGCAGCAUCACUGAAAACAAACCUGGUCAGUGGGUGACAGUGGAUCUCCUGGUUCCCUACGUUGUGACUGUGGUCCAGCUUGCCUACAAUAAAGACUGCUGCUUUAGUGUUAAGGUCCGCGUGGGCAUCACAAGCUGUGAGGUCAUCUCCAUGGUGUCACAUCGUCUGAUGGUCGUGAAUUGUGGUGGGAUUGUGGGUCGCUAUGUGACCGUAAAGCAUCCUAACAUACCACCACCUCUGUGUGAGGUGGAGGUCUACAGCACUCAGGAGAAUCCUCAAAACCCAGUCUCUCAGUGGCCCCCACCCCAUGAUUACUGCUUCGCUGAUUUCUGUACCUAUGACUACGUUCUCAUCCACACUGAACCUAAAACAUGGUUUGAAGCCCAGGCCUACUGCAGGGAGAGGUACACUGACCUGGCCACCAUCAAUAAUAUCCAGGACAUGAGCAGGGUCAUUGACAAAAUGGAAAAUUAUUUCUUUGACUUUUGGAUUGGGCUGUAUGAAGAUGUCAUAACCUGGAGGUGGUCGCGGCCAGAUGAGGGUUACUAUGGAGAUGGUGACGCUGAGUUCAGGAACUGGGCCGUUGAUGAAUCCAACAACAAGACAGGCAUCCGACACUGUGCUGGCAUACAACACACGGGUGAAUGGAAAGACCUGGACUGUGACUUACUUCUCUACUUCUUAUGUUUUGAUGGUAUAGCAGAGGCAAAGAUUCUUGUGGAAACGCCAAUGAAGUGGACCGAUGCACAGCAGUACUGCAGAGAGCACCACACAGACCUGCUCAGUGUGAGAAACCAGAUUGAGAACCAGGAAAUUCAGCACAUGGUGCCGACGGGAAAGCUGGCCUGGAUCGGCCUGUUCGGAGACUCCUGGAAGUGGUCUGAUGGGAGUUACUCCUCUUUCAGACAUGAGUGGCAGGAUCCAGUGGACAUCUUGGGAGACGGUCCAAACUGUGCUCAUGUUCACAACAGGUCUUGGAGCAGAAGAACCUGUGACACCAAAUCUGCGUUUCUCUGCUACUUUUAUAAGAAGAGAUCUGUGUUGAGGAUCAGUUCUCACUUUGACAUGAGUAACCCAGGCAUCCAGCAACAGAUCCUGAGUCAGCUGGAGGCAGAGUUGAAAAACAAGGGCAUCAGUAAUUUCAAGAUCCACUGGAGGAUGAAUUUCACACAAAGAGGAAACAGCAAACUGCCUGCCGCCGGUGGGGGACCUGAAAGCACUACUACCCUCAAAAUGAACGGGGAAACUGGAGAGUUUGCCGCCUCGCCUGAUUUGGUCCAACUUCGGAUUCUCCUUUUUUGUCAGAGAACUUCUGCUAAUCUGACACCUCAGCGGUAUCACCUCAUCAAUGGUGCCCUGACCUGGUAUGAGGCUCAGAGCUUCUGCAGAGUAAAGUACACCGACUUGGCCACCGUGAACAACAUGGAUGACAAGAACAAGCUGGUCCAAACGCUUGGCAGUCACAAGAUGCACAGCUGGAUCGGACUUCAGAGAAGAGGGAGUCUCAGGUGGAUGUGGUCCGACGGGAGGGGCGGAGCACAUUUCACCAUGUGGGACGAAGGGGAACCCAAUAACGGGGCGGGCAAUGAGUGGUGUGGAGAACUCUCUGACACAGGCUCGUGGAAUGACUUGUGGUGUGAAGAUGACAAGGAAUUCGUGUGUUAUGACCGUCAGAAGGAUGGCACAGUAAAUUACGUGCAUUACACAGAGAAACAAACCUGGAUGAACAGUCAAGAGCUGUGCAGAAGUGAGCACACUGACUUGGCUUGUGUAAGUACAGCGGAGGAAAACUCAGAAAUUGCCAGUCUAGUCAAGACGUGGACCGGCGUCAUCGGGCUGCACAACAAAGUGUGGCUCGGCCUGUUCAGUGAUGGAUGGAUGUGGUCCGACGGGAGCCAAACCUCCUUUAGAUACUGGCUGGGCAGCAUGGAGCAGGUCGGAGACUGUGCUUCUGUCGCAGCGCCCCAGCAGGGCCGCUGGGUUGGUGCUCACUGUAACGAGAAGAACACAUUUGUCUGUCAGGGCGGUCUCAAAGUAAAGAAGAUGGUAAUAAGGAUGAAGGUGCACUCCAAUGCGAAUCUGUCUGACUUCACAGUCCGUGACGCUCUGCUGGAGAAGCUGAAGGCAGAAAUGAAACAUGGGUGGGUGACUGAUUUCAAUCUCCGCUGGCGAAGUGACAAAAAUGGCGUUAUCUUCCAACAACACGAGCCGCUGGAGGUCGCCGAGAGGCCAGCAUACAGGUCAAACAGCCAGAGGGCUUCUUUCUUUUUGCCCAAAACAAACUCUACUAAAAUCCUUAAUUUCAGUAUUAUGUUUUACUCCACAGUGCAUCGUCUCUACCACUUAAUAAACACCCCUAAGACGUGGAGUGAGGCUCAGAACUUCUGCAGAGUGAAUUAUAAUGACCUGGCAACCGUAGACAACAUGGAGGAGCACACGCAGCUGGUGGAGAGCAUUGGCGAUGCUGACGUGAACGAUGUCUGGAUUGGCCUGGAGAGAUUGGCGACUGAGCGGUGGGUGUGGUCUGAAGGCAUCGGGGAAGUCAAAGUUUUCAAGUGGGAUGUGAGCAAAGUCUAUGGCGACUGUGUGCUGAUGAAAGCGAGCGGGUACUGGUACGCCAGGCAGUGUGGCAACCUGUGGGCCUUUCUUUGCUUUGAAUAUGACAGCCAGGGAAGAAAAACCUACUUCCUGAACACCACACUGAUGUCAUGGAGAGACGCUCAGCGCUUCUGCAGACAGCAUCACACUGACCUGGUCAGUGUGGAAACGGAGGAGCAGAAUCAGGAGGUUUCUGCACAUGGCGCCGGCAACGCCAUCUGGAUCGGACUGAUCAGAGAAGACUGGAUGUGGUCUGACAGAAGUGUCGGUUCUUUCAGAAACUGGCAGGAGACCAACCCUGAUAAUGCUGGGGGUGCUGAGAACUGCGGUGUGAUCAGAAAGUCCUUCCAGCAUCAGUGGGACGACAGCGCCUGCGACCUCAGCUAUCCUUUCAUCUGUUAUGGUGAACGGAAAAUCAAGAGGACUGUGGUGAAGGUGAGAAUCAGCUCUGAGGUGAACCUGAAUCUUCCCGCAGAGAGGGAUUCACUUCUGGAGCAGUUUCAGGCGCGGCUGGAGGAGCAGGGCGCGACGGAGGUUAAAACGCGCUGGCAAACUGACCAAAAUGAACAAAUCUUUCAACGCAAACGGGGCGAGGAGCAUGGAAGCACAAAACACAGGUGCAUGAGCUCACUGUGAUGGAUUGGUGUUGAGAAUAUGGUUUUUGUGGUGAUUCAACUCCAUGUCAGUUAAGUCAACUGUAUGUGAAUGUUUGAGGCUGU